AUGGGCAUGUUAGCAGAGACCAAAAGCCGGCGCAAGCUCAACCACGAUCCCAACAACACGAAAUGGUCUCGCGACACGACGACAUUUGGCCAGAAGAUUCUCCGCUCGCAAGGAUGGCAGCCGGGCGAGUACCUCGGCGUGCAGGAUGCGGCACACUCCGAAUUCCACACUGCCGCCAAUGCCUCCUACAUUCGCGUCUCACUCAAAGAUGACAUGAAGGGUCUCGGGUUCGACAAGCGCAAGGAAGACGAAGUUACGGGCUUGAACGAGUUCUCGGACCUACUGAGCCGCUUGAACGGCAAGAGCACCAAGAGCGUGGAGCAGGAGAAGGCCAAGAGACUGGAGGUGAAGAUGAGCGCGUACGUGCAACAUCGGUACGGAGCUAUGCGCUUCGUGAGGGGCGGACUCUUGGUUGGAGACGAGUUGAAGAAGGACGAUGAGAACGAAGCGACCUCCGAGACGGUGGAAUCUGACGAAGGCUCGUCUGGUACGGACGAGGUGUCCGAGAAGAAGCAGGAAGAGGCGCCCCCAUCGUCGAAGAAGCGCAAAGCAAUGGAUGACGACGAGGAGGACCUUUCGUCGUCAUCGUCAUCAUCGGAGGAAGAGGAGAGUCGGAAAAAGAGGCGCAAAAAGGAGAAGAAGGAGAAGGCUAAACCCAAGAAGGACAAGCACGGCAAGAGCAAGUCCAAGAAGCCGUCCGCCUCGCCCACCGAUACAGACGACGAAGACGAGGCAAAGAAGGCCAAUCGAGCGCGGAAGGAAGAGAAGCGCGCCAAGAAGGAGCUCAAACGGGCGAGGAAGGAGGAGAAGAAGCUGAAGAAGAAGCGCAAGGUGGAAGCCGAAAGCGAUGCUUCCGAGUUUGCUGCUGCUACGACAGCUACCGCCACCCCUGUGAUGUCUGGAGCUUCAACGCCGCGGAUCAACAAUCCUCACCGUGUGCGGUCACGGUUCUUGGCGGCGAAACGAGAGGCUUUGAUGGAUCAAAAGGCGUUGGAUAAGAUCUGGAUGGUCAAGACUUGA